AUGUUGGCUAGUGAAGAACGACAAUCUGGAAGCAGGAUCAAUCAAAUUGGUAAUUUGCAAAAAUCGGGCUCUACUCAUUGGAGUUCACAUUAUGAAUCGGUAAAGAGUUUGAUAAAUAUGUAUGCUGCAACUUGCAAGGUACUUGAGUAUCUUAUAGUUCAUUCUCCAAAUGGAAGAUCUCGUGCUGAGGUUCAUGGUGUUUAUGAAACAAUUAAAAGCUUUAAAUUUGUAUUCUCAUUUCAUUUAAUGCAUAGAAUUUUGGGGUUCAAUGACAUACUUUGUCAAGCUCUUCAAAAAAGAUCUCAAGACAUCUCGACUACUAUUAGAUUUGUCUACACCACAAAAGGUCUCCUUCAAGAAUUUAGAGAAGAGGGUUGGGAAGAAUUUAUUAAUGCAAUGAAAAUUUUCUUUUUAAGAAAUGAUGUUGAUAUACCCUACCUAAACUCGUUUUAUAAGAUUGGUUGUCCUCGUGAAGAAGUUACGCUUGAGCAUCAUUACCACUUUAAUGUUUUUAAUGAAGCCAUAGAUUUCCAACUGAUGGAGAUAAAUACAAGAUUUAAUGAACUAUUGGUAGAACUCCUUUCUCUCACUAUUGCUUUGGAUCCUCGAAAUUCUUUUGAAUCAUUCAAUGGGGACGAUAUUUGCAAGCUUGCCGAGAAGUUCUAUCCUUGUGAUUUUUCACUGCAAGAGCUUCAUUCUUUGAGGCUUAUUCACUCAAGUCAUAGAGACUACAGAGAGACAUUAAACAAUGAGCUUAUUAUUAUUGUCCUCAUUGGGAUCUUUUGCAAUGAUUAG